UAAGCUCAUUCAAAAGCCUUAUGAGAUGGGUGAUGAAUGUGGCUUAAAGCUGGUACAAACCUUGCUAAGGCCUAUAAUGUUAAGAAGAACUAAACUGAGCACAGAUAGAGAUGGCAGGCCAAUCAUUGUUCUUCCACCGGCAGAUGUUGGAGUAAUUUAUUGUGAGUUGACAGCAGCAGAAAAGGACUUCUAUGAGGCUUUGUUCAAAAGAUCCAAGGUGAAAUUUGAUCAAUUUGUUGAGCAAGGACGAGUCCUUCACAAUUAUGCUUCAAUUUUAGAGUUGCUAUUACGUCUUCGCCAGUGUUGUGAUCAUCCGUUCCUUGUGAUGAGGUUUGUUUUUCUUUGCUAGUGUUAAUUUGUUUUCUUCUGAAAGCAGUAUCAACAUGAACCAUAACAAUGAUCCAAUAAGGCAUUCAAAUUUGUUUAAAAACCAAGGUUUUGAUAACCGGACCAGACAACGAACCGGAAGAAGGAGAGGUUCAAGGUUCGACCGGUCGAACUGGGGUCGAACCGGAUGACGUAAUAAAUAAUAAUAUAUUAAUAUUAUAAAAUUUAUAAAAUGAAUUAGAUAUUUUCCUCUAAUAACUUCAAUCUAGCUACA